CCCGUGACGUACUGAAACUAAACACGGAAGAGGAACACGGUCAAUUCUUAUGUGACAAUUGACUCAUUUAACCCACUGCAACUUCAAAACAGACUUUGAACUAAAUGAUUUAAAUUGCGGAUUAUAGCUACAAAUAGUAAUAAUUAAAUAAAAAACAAAAGACAGAUCCGUUGUUCACUUUUUUAUUCGUCAUCUCGUCUACCUCAGUACAUGCUUUUAUAACAGAUGGAGAUCAGUGAAGCGGUGAUUGCGACGGAGCGUUAUGGCUCACAGGAGUCCUGGAAAUACGUGUCGAAGGACGGGAGGAUGAGGAGGAAGAAAGAUGCGGGGGACAGCAGACUGACUGGAAACUCAAUCUCUGGUGCUUUCAAAAGUGUUUUCAUGCCACAGGGAUAUCCCGAGAGCGUCAGUGAAGAUUAUCUGCAGUAUCAGCUCUGGGACACUCUGCAGGCAUUUUCCAGCUCUCUGUCAGGCACACUUGCUACUCAGGCUUCUCUGAGGGGUGUUGGAGUUGGAAAUCAUGAAGCAACAGUUGCAGCAGCGACAAUAACAUGGCUACUCAGAGAUGGAACCGGGAUGUUGGGAAGGAUACUUUUUGCUUGGCUCAAAGGGAGCAAGUUAGAUUCUGAAGCCAAAAAAUGGAGGCUCUUCGCUGAUAUUCUUAAUGACAUUGCCAUGUUCAUGGAGAUUGCAGCCCCCCAUUUCCCACCUUUUUUCACUCUUAUCGUCUGCGUUGCUGGAAUAUUUAAGUCCAUUGUAGGAGUUGCUGGUGGCGCAACCAGAGCUGCUUUAACUGUCCAUCAAGCUCGCCGAAACAACAUGGCUGAUAUCUCUGCCAAAGACGGGAGCCAGGAAACUCUGGUGAACCUGGCAGGACUGCUGGUGAGCCUGGCACUCAUCCCGCUAGUAACUGAUAACCCUAUGUUGACAUUCACCCUGUUCUUCCUUUUCACCCUUCUCCACCUGUUUGCCAAUUACAAAGCUGUUCGGUCUGUUGUUAUGGAAACCCUGAAUGAAGCUCGACUGUCCAUCGUCCUCCAUCAGUACUUGCUUAAUGGUCAACUGCUCAGUCCGUUGGAAGCCAACCAGAAAGAGCCUGUAUUCUUGUCUUUUCAAAGAACGGUUCCAAUCAAGUUAGGUGUGAGACUUGGAGACAUUGUUCAAGAGCAAGAAGAUCUGCAGCUGGCAUUGAAGAAUAACAACAAAUCGUACCUCAUUGGAAUCAGUAAUGGGUCUGUUUGUGUAUGUCUGGGAAGUGACGCUUCUGUGCAUGAUGAAAUAUUGGCAGCAUGUCAGGCCUUGUGCCUUAGGACUGUUCUACACAAUGAUGCUUCACUGACUGGGGCACUCAAUCAGCUCUCUAACACCAAAGACCUAUGGGAAUUAGUAUCAAAAAGUCAUACGAUGAUUGAUCAUAUUUUUAGGAUGUUCCUAAAAGAACUGGAGCAAGCGAAGUGGCAGACAGACCAAACCCUAUUGGACUGGAAUGAGUGGCGUGUGGAAUGGAGGAAAAAGAGAAGCUGAAGCAAGCUACGAAAAAUGGACAUUCGUGUUGUAUUGAUGUGUCUAGUUUAAAAUGUCUGAAGGACUGAGCAGAGAUGUGAGGUUUAUAUUAAAAACAAUAAGCUAUA